GCGCUAUCUUUGACAUUUCUAUUUUGCGAGAGGAUGAAAAAUAAACAAAUCGCUCCUCACCCGCAAACAGCACAGUAAAAGUAAACACAAAACGAAGGUGAUGACAUAAAACGUCCAAAAGCUGUGACCGAUGUCGUAUCCGGACAAGGAAGCCCGUGCAAUGUGCUGGACGUCACGGGACGAGUACUGGGCAUGCUUGGAAACGAACGCCCCCAAGCACAGUUCCACGUCCGGCGAACCGGAACCUAAGCAGUGUGUUGCCUUGCGGAAGCUGUACGAAAAACGAUGCCCAGCGCAGUGGGUGAAGCAUUUCGACCGGAAGCGAACCUUCGAACAGUUCAAGGAAAAAAUGGCCAAAGGAUAUGAACCGCUGAACGACAGGGCAUCCAAAUAGCAUAUUUCAUCAUCUAUCGAUUAGUUUGAAAUGAGUGAUUUAUUAAUCAAGUUCUAAUCAUGAAUGUACAGUUUGAAUAAAUAAGUUGUUUCUAUUGCUUUCAACCUAA